UUAACUAUUUUAGAAUGGACCUCAUUCACCAAUCGUAAACAAACACUAUAAAUAAAUAACGUAAUAUCUUAGCUCAAGAUUAGAAGAUAAGCUAAUCUAACUAAUGAUUAGACACUGGGUGUGUAUAUAUAUAUAUAUAUAGGUCCGUGAACUUUAUUAACGCGGGAAAAUACUACAGACUUUUUCAGUUACAUUGUCUUAUUCAUAGACUUAAAAAUCUAAUAAUUUAUUUCUGUUUGUUAUGGCCAGAAAAUUAAACUUAAUCGUUGCUGCCUGUAAUAAUAUGGGAAUAGGUAUUGACGGGCGUCUUCCGUGGCGCUUUAAGCAAGAUAUGGCGUUCUUUAAAAAGAUAACAACAACCACAGAAGAUAAUUCUAAAAAAAACAUGGUAGUAAUGGGUAAAAGAACUUGGUUCUCCAUUCCACCAAAGUUUCGUCCUCUGCCUGACAGAAUCAAUGUCGUCCUAAGUACGCAGUUGCAAGAGGCACCUGAUGGAGCCCACCUGGCCAGUUCAUUGAGCCAAGCAGUGUCUUUGGCAGAAACUCUCAAUGCAGACCAAAUAUUUAUCAUCGGAGGGGCAUCUGUUUAUAAGGAGGCCAUGGAAUCGGAUUUUCCUUGUAGAAUCUAUCUUACUCGCAUUUUUCAUGAUUAUCAGUGUGACACUUUUCUGCCCGAGAUAGAUUUACAGCGGUUUACGAAGAUUUCUGACCGAUUGAAUGUCCCAGUUGAAGAGUACGAAGAAAAUGGAAUUAAAUUUUGUAUUGAAGUAUUUGAUAAAAAUGUGUAAGUUUAACGGAUAGUCCCACUAUUAGGAGUGAUGUAAGCCUAAAGAGCUGUACACUCAUUUGUGUCACAAUGUACUUUUUUUUGUCUGAACUAAAACAGAACAUUGGUCUUAAGUUGGCACAGUUUCUAUAUAGUGGAAAGUAUUAUGGGAUUCAAGACUUGAUCAUGCCUUUAUAUUAAAAACUGGUUGGUUUGCAAUUUCUGGAGCCAUUUCUUUGCGUAUGCAGUGCUUGCUAUGAUUUUUAUAUUCCAAUCUUGAAUUUUGCCUUGCACUUUUAAAUAUUUGUAUUACAACCAAUUAUAAUUUUUAAUGAACGUUUUUAUAGCAUUUUUUGCUAGUUAAAUAUUAAAUUAUAAAAAUAACAGUUACCGGUAUAGCUUUAUUUAUCCCACAUCUUUUUUUUUUAAUUGGAUCGUGUGGGUUUUUUUAAACUGACAUAAUUACACUGUAGAAAAAUUCAGAUGCCUACAGUCUGAAAUUUAAAACUAUAGGGCUAUAGAUUUUUGUCUCCUAGUACAAAGUCCAUUUGUUGUUGAGUAAUUCGCCAAAGUAAAUGCACUUUUUUAAAACCUU